CCUGGGGCUGCCGAGUCCCGCUAAGGCAAAGACGCAAGCGAGCGAGAGAGCGAGCGAGAGAGCGAGCGCGGCGGAAGACAAACAAGCGGGUGCGCGAGGGGAGCCCCAGAAGGGCGGCCGGGUGGCUGACGCCCGGGUCCCCUCGCCAUCGGCGGACGGCCAGGAGGACGCGCGCUCCGAAAAGUUAGUCGGCUGGCGGUGGCGCGCCGCUUCCCCUCCAGUCUCUUCCUCUCGGCGUUCCGGGAAAAGGAACUUGGCUCUUCUGGUCGCUUGAGCCGCCAGCCCUUCCUAACCUGAGAGGGGACAGUGCCCGCGGGCCGGGGGUGGGGAUCCGCGAGCGAGGCUGCUGGCCCAGGGCGCGGAGGAGGCGCGGCGGCCACGGACCCCGAUGCCGGCGGCCAACAUGAUGGAGAACCUGCAGCUGCCCGCCGUGCAGGUGCCCGAGCCGCAGGGCGCGCCGGAGGGCAGCUCGGUCUGGUCCAGCUCGUCGACCCCCACGCUCCGCCGCCGGCGCUUGAAGAUGCGUCGGAUGAAGAACGUGCAGGAGCAGAGCCUGGAGGCCGGCCUGGCCCCGGACCUGCCCGGCGUCCUGGCCCCAGGCAAGGAGUUCCUGCAGCUGCCGUCCAUCGAGAUCACGCCCUCCAGCGACGAGGACACCCCGUGGUCCAACUGCUCCACACCCAGCGCUUCCCCGCGCCGCAAGCGCUUCCUUCUCCGCAAGUGGCUGAGGGUGAGGGAGCGGAAGGAGUGCAGUGAAAGCAGCAGCCAGCACAGCAGCCAGCAGAGUAGCCACGACGAUGAUUCCAGCAGGUUCCUGAGUCCACGAGUGCGGGAAGAAAGCACUGCCAGUAACUCCAAUCGCAGCACACCAGCCUGUUCCCCCAUCCUCCGGAAGCGGUCUCGCUCACCAACCCCUCAGAACCAGGACGGAGACACCAUGGUGGAGAAGGGCUCAGAUCACUCCUCGGACAAGUCUCCGUCCACCCCGGAGCAGGGCGUGCAGCGUAGCUGCUCCUCACAGUCUGGCCGGAGUGGUGGCAAAAAUUCCAAGAAAAGCCAGAGUUGGUACAAUGUGUUAAGUCCCACUUAUAAGCAGAGAAAUGAAGACUUCAGAAAGCUCUUUAAGCAACUUCCAGACACGGAGCGCCUCAUUGUUGAUUACUCGUGUGCACUCCAAAGAGACAUUCUUCUUCAGGGCCGACUCUACCUCUCGGAAAAUUGGAUCUGCUUCUAUAGCAACAUCUUCCGCUGGGAAACUCUGCUGACAGUCCGUUUGAAAGACAUCUGCUCCAUGACUAAAGAAAAAACAGCUCGCCUCAUUCCUAAUGCCAUCCAAGUUUGCACUGACUCAGAAAAGCACUUUUUCACCUCGUUUGGGGCCCGGGAUAGGACGUACAUGAUGAUGUUCCGGCUCUGGCAGAAUGCUCUCCUUGAAAAGCCCCUGUGUCCCAAGGAGCUCUGGCACUUUGUCCACCAGUGCUAUGGGAAUGAGCUGGGCCUGACCAGUGAUGAUGAGGACUAUGUGCCCCCGGACGAUGACUUCAACACAAUGGGCUACUGUGAAGAGAUCCCUGUGGAAGAGAAUGAAGUGAAUGACAGCUCAUCCAAAAGCAGCAUAGAGACCAAGCCAGAUGCCAGCCCACAGCUGCCCAAGAAAUCCAUCACCAACAGCACACUGACCUCUACUGGGAGCAGCGAAGCCCCUGUCUCGUUUGAUGGCCUGCCCCUGGAGGAGGAGGUACUGGAGGGUGACGGAUCCCUGGAGAAGGAGCUUGCCAUUGACAACAUCAUAGGGGAGAAGAUUGAGAUCAUUGCGCCUGUGACCUCCCCUUCAUUGGACUUCAAUGACAAUGAGGACAUCCCCACUGAGCUCAGUGACUCUUCAGACACCCAUGAUGAAGGGGAGGUGCAGGCCUUCUAUGAGGACCUGAGUGGCCGGCAGUAUGUGAAUGAGGUCUUCAACUUCAGCGUGGACAAACUCUAUGACCUGCUGUUCACAAGCUCGCCUUUUCUGCGGGACUUCAUGGAGCAGCGGCGCUUCUCUGAUAUCAUCUUUCAUCCAUGGAAAAAGGAAGAGAAUGGAAACCAGAGCCGAGUGAUUCUCUACACCAUCACCCUUACCAACCCUCUGGCUCCCAAAACUGCCACUGUCAGGGAGACACAGACCAUGUACAAGGCGAGCCAAGAGAGCGAAUGCUACGUGAUAGAUGCAGAAGUUCUCACCCAUGAUGUGCCCUACCACGACUACUUCUACACCAUCAACCGUUACACACUCACCCGCGUGGCCAGGAACAAGAGUCGACUCAGGGUCUCCACAGAGCUGCGCUAUCGCAAACAGCCCUGGGGGUUAGUGAAAACCUUCAUUGAGAAGAACUUCUGGAGUGGGCUAGAGGACUACUUCCGCCAUUUAGAGAGUGAGCUAACCAAAACGGAGAGCACCUAUCUGGCUGAGAUGCACAGGCAGUCUCCCCAGGAGAAGGCUAACAAGCCCCCCGCAGUGCGGAGGAGAAAACGUCCCCAUGCCCACCUGCGGGUCCCUCACCUGGAGGAAGUGAUGAGCCCUGUCACUACACCCACUGAUGAAGACGUCGGCCGUAGGAUCAAGCACGUGGCAGGUUCCACGCAGACAAGGCAUAUCCCUGAGGACACUUCCAAUGGUUUCCACCUGCAGAGUGUGUCCAAGCUGCUGCUGGUUAUCAGCUGUGUUCUGGUGCUGCUGGUCAUCCUAAACAUGAUGCUCUUCUACAAGCUCUGGAUGCUGGAAUAUACCACCCAAACCCUCACUGCCUGGCAGGGUCUCAGGCUACAAGAAAGGUUACCCCAGUCUCAGACCGAAUGGGCCCAGCUCUUAGAGUCCCAACAAAAGUACCAUGAUACUGAGCUACAAAAGUGGAGGGAGAUCAUCAAAUCUUCAGUGAUGCUCCUUGACCAGAUGAAGGACUCACUCAUCAAUCUUCAAAAUGGCAUCAGGUCCCGAGACUACACAUCUGAAAGUGAUGAAAAGAGGAACCGCUAUCAUUGAUGAGGCAGGAACAGCAG